ACUGCCCACGCUCAGUUGCUCCCAUUUCUCUCUCUUACCUGCUUUUGCUUCUCCUCAGUCCUCAUCCUCACAUCUCCUGCUUUGAUUUUGCUUUAUUUCAUUUUUUAUCUUCAACCAAUCCAACUGAUCAGUUUUGUUUGCUCACAGCCUUCUCGAUACUUCUCUUAUGGUUUGGUUUUUGUGGCCAUUUCUCAGGUUUGGGUCCAACAAUGGUUGGGAUGCUAAGUUUUGUAAAUUUUUGUUGUUCUGAUUUUUCUGUCAAUGGAUGCCCUAGCUGUUACACCUCGCAUUCCUCUCUCUCCUCAUCACCACCGUCGGAUUUCCUCCCACUCAUUUCCAGCGUUCAUCUCCGACGCUCCAAUCAACCUCUUCGUCUUCGCCGCUCUCUCACCUGCUCCGCUAUUUCUUCUCCUUCGCUUGAAUUGGGUUUCGAAGGAAGUCCGUCAAUGGUGAUUGUAAAUUUUACUAUGCUUCUAGGCAAUUCCCCUUAUUUCUCCUCCUCCGAUCGUGCUGAUUGCAACUCUCGGGGAGGUUGUGUCAGUCUGCUCAGCAUGAACCUACCUGCAGCAAGCUACGCAGCCAAGAACUUCUUCCAAAGGUUUAAUUGCCACAGAGUUGAAAAAGAGAACAGCAACAGGAUGGAUAUGAAAUCACAUCCUGGAAAAUUAAAUCCUGAUAGUGACAAGUGCAGGUUAAAAUGGAUAGGUGUAAUAUGGAAUUUUCCAUGCUGCAAGUGCCGAUAAAGAUUUUGGGGCUGUCUUGAAAAUGGCUCGACUGGUAAAGGAUGUCUCUCUUAUGGCACAAAAGGUUACCUCUGAUUCAGUUGUCAAGGCUCCAUAAAAAAAACUCUUAUAAUACCAGCUAAUUUGUGCAAAUUGUGGCUAAGGUCUUCGUCCGCACUCUUCAUUUUAUAGGUUUCUAUGUACAGGAAAUGUAUGAUUGAAUCAGGUAUAAAUUAUUGUUUAUUUAAUUGAAUAAGGGAUUUACCAUGAUUGGCCAGCAAUAUUGGUGUUAUGCGGCCUGUGGUGGUGAGUAUACUCUAAUAAGACAUGGCCUUUGCUUGAAGGGAUUUUCCCUUUCUUAAAUUAGGUGCGAGAUUAGGUGGGGGAUUUGGAAGGAUGAAUUUGGCUUCGUGUUAGCUGACAUUUUGAAGCAAUAUGAAAUAUUUUUCGAUGAUUUAUUACUCUACGCACUAAUUUUUUAGGUUAAUUCCAGUGUGGGUACAUGUGGUUUCAAACAAUAUAUGUGAAUUUUAAGCUGCUACUUUCUGUGUUUAUGCUUUUCUGAUUUUGUAGGAUUUUUGCUACUUUGUAUUUUGAUUACAGAUAAUUAAUGUUCAUGGGGCAUUAAAAUAAAUAAUCUGUUCUGAAAUGGGCUUUUCCUUUCUAAAAUUAGGUGGGGGAUUGGAAGGAUGAAUUUGGCUUCAUGUUAGCUGACAUUUUGAAGCAAAAUAAAGUAAAUAAUUCAGGCAUGAGAUUUAAGCCUGCGGUAAGGACAGCGGAUUUCGAUAGGUUUAUAGCUGAGUAUGAGAGUGAUCGUACUUCUUAUUGUUGGUCUACUAUGAUUAAUUUCAGGGCAAAUGAGGAGAUCGAGAAGGAGGCUCUUUACCGAGUUCAAGCUCAAAAAAAUUCUGAAAAGUCGAAAGAGUUCAAGUUCUUCACUCUUUUGUGGGGUGUGCUGCAGAACAACGUCAUUGAUGCUUUGUGUUAAAUCUUGUAUUUUAUAACUUAAGUAGCAAUUACAUUUGAGUGAACAUGUGCAAUUUUUCA